UCAGAGAGACGGAAAUCUAAAACAGACUAAAAGUCACUCUGAGGAAGUGACAUCAUACUAACCACAGGAAGUAGAUGCAGCAUCGCUCUACUAAAGCACUACUUUAGAGACUCAGACAGUUGUGAGCACGAGAACAAGAGACAGAAGAAGGAGAGAGACAGAGAAUCACGAUGGCUGAGUUCAAAUGGAUUUCUUUAUUUCUUAUAGCGGUGCUUCAGUUCACAGCAGCAGCUGAAAAACGUCCCCUCUUAUUCACUGUCAGAGUUGGAGAUGAAGUCACUUUGCCUUGUGAUAAUGUGACAGACGGUGAGCGAAAAUGUGACGGCACUGAAUGGCUCUUCUUUGGUUCAGGAAACACAGCAGCAGUAGAUCUUAUUUAUCUUGGGCAGAUUGGUGAAAGAGCCAAAGCUAAAGCAGACAGACUGAGUGUUACAGCGAGCUGUUCUCUGGUUAUAAAGAAGGUCACAGUCAAGGAUGUUGGUUAUUAUUACUGUCUACAGCUCAGAUCAGAACAACAACAAGGUGAAGGCUCUGAGGUUCUUCUGUCUGUUGUUACCAUGACUGAACAUGAGGACCCUGAUAAGGUGACGUUAAACUGCUCUGUGUUGACAUAUGAACGAUGUAAACACACAGCGAAGUGGCUGUAUGAGGGUGAAGAUGUGGCUAAAGAUAACAAAGACUUGGUGACAUCACAGUCUCUCUGCAGAGCCUCUGUGAGCUUCCUGACUUCUCAUUACAUUCACACAUCGAGGUCUAACUUCCUUACAUGUGAAGUGACUGUUGGUAACAAAGUGCAUCUGUUUCCCUUCAGACUUCGGCCCUCAGGUGAGAAACCAGGUGAGGACACAACAACAGCAACAACUGAAUCAACAACAACAACUGAAAACAGCAGGAAAGCAGGUAUCACCACGACAGCGUCUGCAAUCAAUGAUGCUUCAACAGAACUACAAGGUGACAAACAAACAGCAACAACUAAAUCAACAAGAACAACCACAACAGCAAUCAGUGAUGCUUCAACAGAACUACAACUUAACUGGUGGAGGUUCAGCAUUGUGUCUGCGGGUUUAGCAGCACUCAUAAUAAUCGCUGUGGCCGUCAACAUGUGGACAAGAACUAAAGGGAAAAAAACACAGAUGGAUGAAAACAAAGUGAAUGAUGAUGAAGAUGAAGGUGUGGUGAACUAUGAAAACUUUGGAGACCCUUCUGCCUCAGUCAGACUCCGCUGAUCAACAACUUCCAUAUCAACAUCAACUCACCAGAGAAAAGACUCCACUGCAGUUAAAUAACAUCAUGGAGUCAGUAACAGUCUUCUCUUUAUUAUAUCUGAUAACAAUAUAAUCUGCAAAUAAAGAAAUGUUUACCACUUAA